CGUUUGAUACGACAACAUGCAAUUUCUGCAUAUAUUAAUUUACAUUGUAGCUUGCCUGUGUGUGUUUUUCUUGAAUGUUUAUUGUGAGAAGGAUGAUGCCACACCAUCCACAGCUCCCGAGCUCACAAAAAUACAGUCAUUCUUUUACAUGUUUGCAAAAGAAGACUUAACUAGCCCAGUAGUAGAAACAGAAAAUAAUCAAUCGUUUAUCAUGUCACAACCAUGUAGUUAUAGAGAACCAAAUGAACGAAAUACUCAGGAAGCAAUUUUCUAUAAACGUUUGAUUGCUAUGUUAUUAUCAAAUCUUGAAAUGCAAAAAAUUGACGAUAGAUUAAUUGGAACGCUUAAUAUAAAAGUGUUUCCUUCGGAACUUGAAUACUUGCAGAAAUUUGUCAAGAAUGGUCAAGGUUCUAUCAGAGAAGUUGACAGAAUUCUUACCAAUGCAAUAGUAGGAUCUGAAUACUCAGCAUGCGACUAUAUGGCUGAAGCAUUUCAUUAUUUCAAUUUACUUUUGAGUAAAACAUCAGAGAAUUUGAUGUAUUAUAUAUCACUUAUAAAAGACCACUGGGACAGAAUUAUAAUUUUCUUUGUAGUCAUAGCUAUUUUUAUGAUUUUGAGGAGGCAAAGAUGGUCUCGAGGUUUACUGAUCUUUUUCAUCAUUGAUGUUAUAUUUGUAAUCAGUUUUGUCAUAACUUGGUGGCAACUUAUACAGGAAGCAGAAAUUAAAUUAAUGGCAACACAAGCAAAAUUUAGAGAAAUGCCAAUUACUUGCCAGCCGCAUAAAAUGUAUUUCUGGACCAAGAUAAUUGAGCAGCUUUUUCCUACAAACGAUUGUGAAAAAUAUUAUGAAUCGAUUAUGACGAAUCCUAAACUACAAGUGACACCAGCACUUGUAGUGACUCAUUUGCUUACUACGGUUAUUUUUAAACCUUUAGCAUUCGUUGGACUUGUUAUAUCUGAAUUUGUAGAGAAUGCUACCAGUAAAUUAAACUUUGUUCACAAGUUUCUCAUCAUAAUUGCCCUUUUCUUGAGCAUCUGCAUAUGUUUAAUAUUGAUACCAUUUUCCUGGAUUGGCGGAUCUAUUAAUUUCGGUUUUGGGCCAUUCUUCAAAUUUGGAAUGCAAGGUAGACAAAAUUCCAAUAAAAAUCAAGACCGCAUUGAGCGGAUUUACGAGGAAGUUUCACCAACAAGGAGAUUGAAAGAUUCAAGAAAAAUGAAACAAGCUAUGUUGGAACAAGAUAAUGAUCUUGCUGGAGGCGAUGCCGACAUGCAUUUAAUAAGAUAUAAAGAAUGUCAGUGUAAAAAAAAAGCAGAUGAAGAUUUGGAAUAUAUCAAGAAAGAAGAGAAACUACUACCUUAAUAUUCUCGCACCGUUGUGUAUACAGUAUUUUUCUUAUGAGUUUACGUUAUUAAUCCUUACUCUAUUAAAUACAUUUUUGAUACUUACAAAUUUGGUGCCUCAUCCAUACUAACGGGGGCACUAGAAUCCGUCAGUUUUUUUUAUCUAUUCAGAAUAAUUUAAAAAAAUCUCUAAAAAUUCA